CUUUGUUCGAAUCUCCCACUAGGAUUUAAAACUUACAUCUAGAAACUAAUGUAGUAUGAGAAAAAUAUCCAGAAGAUUGAUGACAUGAAAUAGGUCAUCACAUGAAAUUAUACGGGCAGUUCCAAGCUCAGCGACAACCCCGCCGAAAUAGGCCUGGAUGCUGAGCUAAUCACGCCCCGCGGUGGCUCAAUUGACCCCAGCGAUUUGCCAAUAUCUGCCGCCAGAGUCAUCUUUGCUUCAAGGCCAGACAAGGAAAAUCUUCGUUUCUACAACACCAUCGCAUUCGGCCCCAAAACAGAGCGAGCAUCAGACAUUAGCCAUGGCCACCACAUUGACGCAUCAGCCCGCCUCGGCUGGCCCCGUGGCGACCGCUCCCUUCUCCACGGCCUGGUCUUCAAGAUAUCGAGGCGCCACAGUCGAAGAUCUUGACCCUCCUGCCGCCCUCUCUCUCAAUCCAUCUGACGCAAUCUCCCUCGCCAUGAUGUCAGCCUUUGAGCGCGAAUACACACACCUCACCAUCGUCGACUCGGAAACCCGUGCCCUGCUCGGCUACAUCUCCAUCCCCCACCUGCAGUCCCUCCUGGAGGCCGGCCGCGUCCAGCCCAGCGACCCCCUCUCCGCCGCCAUGACACGGUUCCAGCGCAAAGGCCGCACGUAUCGGGUCAUCACCAUGCAGACCCCGCUGGAGGAGCUCGAAGCCUUUUUCCGCGGCGACAAGAACGACGGGACAUGGAAGGAAGAGUUUGCUGUCAUCACGGAUGAGAACCGGAGAUUUGUGCUGGGUGUGGCGACGGUGCAGGACUUGGAAGAGUUUGUCAAGAGGCGGCCUGCUUAAGUGAGUUGCUGAGGGAUAUGGAGGGGGCAGCGGGUUGAAUUCGAAACAGGGCAGACCCGUAUCUUUACGACGGGUAAGUGGGUGGGAAGUAUGUGCGCUUUUUGAAGCCCUAGACGGCGUUUGGAAGACAUUUGGCCAUAUUCAACAUGCGUUGGAACUUCUAUUGGGCUUGUUUGCUUGCACUUGAUGAGGGGAGCUGGGAAGUCAUUUGUGCAAAGCGUGGUGAAAAGGACUGUUUUGCUCAUGAAGAAGACAGGCUGCAGUGCACGCAGAUAUAACUACUCAUGAUGCUGGGUUCAACACUAUAUCAGAAUAAAUCACGUCUUAAAAAUAUCUUCCUCGAAAGGAUGCCUCUUGGUAAAAGUUAUGUGCUCAUUGAAGGGGCAGCUAUUCAGAUCGUCAAAUUGAAUACCAGGCAUCCGAUGUUUAAGUUACAUAGCACACAAUAUACGGUUACCUAAUACUAACCAGUAUAUGUAUUAAUAUCACGAAGAUGGCG